AUGGCUGAUGCCUAUCUUGCUGAAAACAUAUUGUUUUUGGAAAAUCAUAUCCAACGUCUCAACCGAAGAACAGAUCGACAGAUAUUGCGAGAAAUAGAAGAACCAUUUGAUUUGACUGAUAUUGAAUUCAAGGAAUUAUAUCGUUUAACUCCUGAAUUAGUAAAUAAUCUUAUAGAUUUACUUGCACCUUAUUUGACACACACAAGGAUUACUGAACUAUCUUUCGAAAGUCAGGUAGUUACAAAUGUAUAUGUCACAUAGGUACUGUCUACAAUAAGAUUAUACGCAACUGGAUGUUAUCAACGCCCAGUAGGUGAACAAUGGGAUAUUUCGAUGAGUCAGUCAUCAAUCAGCAGAUGUGUUCAUCGAGUUACAGACGCAAUAAAUGAACAUAUUUUUCGCCAAUGGGUGCAGUUUCCUAUGACUCCGGAAGCCAGACAGUUAGCAAGAGAACUGUUUCAGAAUGCUCAUCAACCAUUUGAAGGAGCUAUCGGAGCAAUAGAUUGUACCCAUGUGGCGAUCCUUGCUCCUAGAGAACAUGAAGAAGCUUAUAUAAAUCACCAUGGCUAUCAUUCAAUAAACGUGCAAAUGGUAUGCGACCCGAAUCUCAAGAUCUUGAAUGUAAAUGCUAGAUUUCCUGAAGCCAUACAUGAUACUUAUAUUUGGAGUGCUUCUGCUGCUCGUACUGUGAUGGAACGCGCAUAUCAUCGCGGCAAAAGAAGAACAUAUCUCAUUGGUGACUCGGGAUAUCCAUUAGAGCCCUGGCUAUUAACUCCUUUGCCUCAUGAGCCUGAAGGAACUCCACGAUUCUUCUACAAUGAAGCAUUGUGUAGUGCAAGAAAUUGCGUGGAACGAUUGUUUGGAGUACUUAAAAGCACGUGGAGAUGCCUUUCCAAACAUAGAGUUUUACAAUAUGAGCCUGGUUUUGCAAGAAGAAUCGAUAAUGCAUGUGCAGUUUUACAUAAUAUGCGCAUUGCUAACGGUAUACUUGAUGAUCCAUUUGAAGAUUACGUGAAUAGAGAAGAUAUAUUCGAUAUUCAUAUCGGCGAUGAUAAUGAUAAUCUGCAACCACUUGCACUCGCUCGUCGAAUUCAAGAUCGCCUUAUUGCGGAAAGGUUUGGAAGAUAA